AUGCGCCUUUUACAGUGCAGAAGUACCGGCGGAGACCCUCUUUUGAAGUCUUUCUCGGACGACAAGGCGAUUCCUCCCUAUGCAAUCCUCUCGCAUACAUGGGGAGCGGACGGCGACGAGGUCACAUUCAAUGACCUAAGAAGUGGUGCCGCCGCCCAUAAGCCUGGGCAUGAAAAGAUUCGGUUCUGCGAUGCGCAGGCUAGGAAGCAUGGCUUAGAGUACUUCUGGAUCGACAGUUGUUGUAUCAACAAGGAAGACGACAUGGAGCUGUCCAAGGCCAUUAACUCCAUGUUUCGCUGGUACCGAAAUGCCGAUCGAUGCUACGUCUACUUGUCAGAUGUCUCGACAGCCAAGCCGCAAGUGAACGGCGAUGCCUGCGAGUGGAAAUCUGCUUUCCGGAAAAGCCGAUGGUUCAAACGGGGCUGGACACUUCAGGAGCUCCUUGCCCCUCGUAAGGUCGACUUCUUUUCCCGGCAAUGCGAAUUCCUCGGCGAUUCACUUCUGUUAAGGAAGCUUAUACACGAGAUAACCAAUAUCCCAGAGGCUGCGCUUCAAGGACAGUUUCUCUCGCAAUUUUCCUUCAAGGAGCGCUGGUCAUGGAUCGAACGUCGCAAAACGAAGCUUGAAGAAGAUCAAGUGUACUCAGUGCUGGGUAUUUUUGGUGUCGAUAUGCCUACCCUCUACGGCGAAGGGAAAAGUAGAGCAUAUAGCCGACUCGAAGACGAGAUUGAGAAGCUGGAGAAAUGUACACGUGACUUGCACGUCACCUAUCCACGGCGUGAUAAAACGCGUAUUGAGGAGACAAAGGGCGGGCUCGUGGAGGAGUCGUACCGCUGGAUCUUGGAAAACCCGGACUUCCUCCAUUGGCGUGACGACUCGCAAAGCCGAAUUCUGUGGAUCAAAGGUGAUCCUGGCAAAGGCAAGACUAUGCUGCUCUGCGGCAUUAUCGACGAAAUGCAGAAUUCGAAGGACAAGUCAAGUCUUCUGUGCUACUUCUUCUGCCAGGCUACGGAUUCACGCAUUAGAAGCGCUGUGGCUGUGUUGCGAGGGUUGUUGUUCAUGCUCAUUCAGCAGCAACCUUUGCUCGCCUCGCACGUUCGCAAGAGGUACAACAACGUAGGAAAGUCCCUGUUCGAGGACGCAAAUGCUUGGGUGGCCUUGACAGAGAUGUUUACGGACGUGCUGCAGGACCCGAGCCUAAACACCACAUACCUGAUCGUCGACGCGCUAGACGAAUGCGUCACUGAUUUGCCAAAACUGCUCAACUUUGUAGCAGAGCAGUCAUCUGUAACGUCUCGCGUCAAGUGGCUUUUCUCGAGCCGCAACCGUCCGGAAAUCGAAGAAGAGCCAGAAAGGGCAGACCACAAAGCUAGGCUGAGCCUAGAGCUGAAUGCAGAAUCUGUGUCAGCAGCUGUGUUAAGCUGA